AUGGCUUCAACUUCGCAAACUGCAGAAUCUGAAUGGAAGAAUCAAUUAAGAGUGCCGCAAAAAGAUUUACGUCCACAAACUGAAGAUGUCACAAAAACGAAGGGAGGUGAAUGGGAGGAUUUUGGAUUAAGGAGGGAGCUGCUUAUGGGUAUAUUUGAAGCCGGUUUUGAAAAGCCAUCACCAAUUCAAGAAGAAGCGAUUCCAUCUGCUAUUGCAGGCAGGGAUAUUUUAGCAAGGGCUAAGAAUGGUACAGGUAAAACUGCAUCAUUCGUUAUUCCAAGUUUAGAGAAAAUCAACGUACAGAAACCAAAGAUACAAGCUUUGCUCUUGGUUCCAACUAGAGAAUUGGCUUUACAAACUUCCCAGGUUUGCAAAUCACUCGGUAAACAUUUAGGUAUACAGGUUAUGGUCACAACAGGUGGUACAACGUUAAGGGAUGAUAUUAUGAGAUUAUCAGACCCAGUUCAUAUUCUAGUUGGUACUCCUGGUAGAAUAUUGGAUUUGGCUGGUAAAGGCGUUGCAAAUCUCAAUGAAUGUCCAACAUUCGUUAUGGACGAAGCAGAUAAACUUUUAUCUCCAGAGUUCACACCAGUUAUGGAACAGUUGCUAUCACACCUUCCUUCUUCUAGACAAGUUAUGCUCUUCUCUGCAACCUUCCCACUAAUUGUGAAGGACUUUAAAGAGAAGCAUAUGAAAGACCCACAUGAAAUCAAUCUUAUGGAUGAAUUGACACUCAGAGGUAUCACUCAGUAUUACGCUUUCGUCGAUGAAAGGCAGAAAGUUCACUGCUUGAAUACACUCUUUUCAAAAUUACAAAUCAAUCAAUCAAUUAUAUUUUGUAAUUCAACUAAUAGAGUUGAAUUACUUGCAAAGAAAGUUACAGAGCUUGGCUACUCUUGCUUCUUUUCUCAUGCAAAAAUGUUACAAAGUCAUAGAAACAGAGUUUUCCAUGAUUUCAGAUCAGGUGUUUGUCGUAAUUUAGUUUGCUCAGAUUUACUGACAAGAGGUAUCGAUAUUCAAGCUGUCAACGUUGUCAUAAACUUUGAUUUCCCUAAAAACAGUGAAACGUAUUUACACAGAAUUGGUAGAUCUGGUCGUUACGGUCAUUUGGGUUUGGCUAUCAAUUUAAUCACUUAUGAGGAUAGAUUUAACUUAUACAAGAUUGAACAGGAAUUGGGUACUGAGAUUCAACCAAUUCCUUCACAAAUUGAUAGAUCGUUAUACGUUGCACCAAACGCUAGUGAUGACGAUGGUCAAAUUCAGCAAUCUCAACAACAACAAAAGGGUUUACCUACUUUACCACCAACUCAACAAGUCAUGAACGCUUAUUCACAACCACCACCUCAACCAACAUUCAAUCAAUCGAAUCAAAAUCACCAGUAUCAACAACGUAGUAAUCGUGGUGGAUACAAUAGUGGAUAUUAUGGAGGAUCUGGUUUUCGUGGCAGAGGUGGUGGACCACCACGUGGAGGAGUUCCUAGAGCUUAG